GAACACAGCUCAUUAACAGCUGCCUGGUUGCUAGACGACUCAAUCCGCAACAGUGAUGUGAAAACAGAAGCCCCUGCUUUGAAACCGAAACACAAUAACAGCUCCAGGUUUCAGGGAGAUAUGGUCUACAUUGUAUAUCAGGACAACAACGACCUUCUGUGUGGACUAUCCUUGUUGUUGUGGACGGAAACCCUUGUUGUUGCUUAGCUAGCGUCUCUUUUGUUGCCUUCUGUUUUACUACUAGCAGCAGGGUGAACCUGAAGUGCUCUUUCUGGACUGGAACAUGUCAAGAUUACACACGAUCAGAGUCAAGUUCUCAAACUUCACGUAACAUAACUAACCAGUGAUGUUCAGUACGACUGCCAAGAUGUCUCAGGAGGCGAGUGAUGUUCAGACAGAUGAGGACUGUGAGGAGCUGGUUGAUGAAAGCUUCUCAUUUUCUGCUGAUAUUCCUGAAAAGAGAACAGGGAGGAAGAGAUUUUCUGGCAAGCCUCCUCCUUCUCCAAGGUCUCCAUACCUCUCCAGUCUGAAUGUGAACCAAAGAAAAGUGGUGGCGGCCUGGAAGCUGCCGAGGUCCUCUCUGGGGGACACCAGAGGGGACACAUCCGGGGAGAGCGUCUCCGCUCGUCUCACGUCCCUCAGCAACGGCCACGAUAUGUCCCAGACGCUGAGAUCAGAGUGUGAUGUCACACCUGAGCUCCUCAAACAGACCUUGAGCACGAGGAAACACAAACAUCUAAACUCUGCGUUCAAUGGCUUCUCCAUCCAUACAGGUGACCACAGAGAGAAGGAGGACAUGUAUGAUGAGAUUAUUCGCCUCAAGAAGACUAUCCAUGCACAGAAGUCUGACAACCAACAACUGAAAGCCAAACUGCGGCGCUCGGAGGAGGACAAUACCAAAAGAGAGAAGCAGAUAGAGGAACUGUUGGAUCCCACUAAAGGAUCUGAAUACACUCGUAGUUUUGUGGAUAAGAGGAAAGAAGGCAGUGUGGUUGUGAACGGACUGAAACAGAGAAUCCUGAAGCUGGAGCAACAGUGUCGAGAGAAAGAAAACGCCCUGAGUAAACUACAAAGUGAGCUGAGGACCACCAACCUGGAGGAGCUGAAGAUCACAGUCGAAACCUACUUUGAAGAGAUCAAGAGACUCAGAGUUCUUUUGGAGGCUGCAGAAAAAAGUAGUCGUGCAGAGAGUAAAUGCUCGCAGAGGCAGCAGAGAGUUUUUAGCACUAGAGUUCACCGCCUGUCUGAGGACCUGAACCAGCUGCAGCAGGAGAACUCUGUGCUCAAGGAGGAGCUCGACACGGACAGCCCUGCAGGAGGACUCAAAGGUUACAGAGAGUGGAGUAAACAGAGACUGUUGAGACGCCUGUUGGAGGUGGAGAAGAGGCUGGAAGACAGCAAAAGACACACCCAGUCGCCCAAGAGCAGCAGCCGAUUGGAUCAGGAGGUUCAGGCCGUUCCAGUGGAGAUUCUGAGGUUUGCCAUGGCAACAGAGGCAGUGGUCUCUGUGGGAAUGAUGACUGAGAAUGGGGGGGAGGGAUGUGAUCUGGAAGAACGCCUCGGCCAAUCGGAGAAGGAGAGGGCAGAGCUUGAAGAGAAACUGUCAAGUAAAGAGGACGAGUUGAAAGAGCUGAGGACAGAAAAAGAAGAACUGGAGAAAGAGGCGGAGCGAUGGAAAGAUGAACAGACAAAAGAAAGAGACAAGGAGAGAGAGCAGCAUAAAGAGGAGCUGGAGCAGUUACGGGCGAGGAUCCAAACUCUGGAGGAAAGAAGUAAAGCUGCACAAGUUGAGCUGUUGUCUCUCUCUGCCACAUCGCCAGAGGACAAUGGAGACAACAAAGACAACAAGGACACUCAGGCUGUUUCUGAUCCAGUCACUGAAAAAGAGAGAGCCACUGAAUGCAAAGAGGAGAGAGUCGGGGAUAGAGAAAAUGCAGAAUCAGGUGCAGAUGCAGAGAAGAGAGAGAAAGAGAAAGCAGCGUCGGUUCUCCAGAAGAACUGGAGAGAGCACAGAAGAAGGGACAUUGUGAUGCUGCAGUCAGCGUUAAGAGGCCACCUCCUCAGAGAGUCACAGAUCCAGGUCCUGCUGAAAGACAACCAGAACAAGGCUGAAGAAGCAUCGAUCUGCAGUGAUGUGGCAUCCUCCACAGAGGGAGAGCUGGAUGCAGUUUCCUUGGCGAUGAUUCAGUCAGCAUUCAGGGGACACCUGGCACGCUGUGAAUUUGCAGUAGAGAGCUCCCAGUUGUCUGUGCCUUCUAUGACGGGUAAAGAUUUGCCCACACUGGUACCAAGGAGGGCUCGAUCAGCACAUAAACCGAGCAGAACAGGUGCUGCAUCCCCCCAUAAAGAUGAUGAAAAGCAGGGUGAGGAAGAAGAACCCUCUAAUGCCUCCAGGAAGAAACUCACUCGAGAGCAAACAGAGCUUCGUUGCACAGCUGAGUCUGGUGGAGCUGCUGCAGCUGAUUCUGACGACUCUGAUGACAUCAUCGUUUCUCCGUCUCGUCCAAUGAGGAGCAGAGAAGUCCUACUCCUAUAGAUCCCCUUGGUUGUGUGUGUGUUUAGUACGCUUGAGUGAGAGAUAGAGAGAGAGAGUGAGUGAGUUUUGACCAUAUAACAAUGGUUUGGGUUCUUAGUGAACCUGCAUAUGACAGCUGGGAUGUUUCCAUACCUUGUCAGGAAACAUUAAACAUGCACAGCAUUUUACUGUGUGCUCAUCUCA